GUCAGUUCAAUGUCUGGCCUUUGUGUCAAAGGCUUAGAAAGUAUAUCCUUUCAAUCUGAUAAUUUGAUACAAACACAGAAAUCGUUCACUGUUUAUCAAUACAGAGACGGGCAGAAUGAUUCCAAUAAAGUAUUCUUCAAACUUACAGAAAUCGAUGAAUCAAACACUUCCAAUGUUCGAAUAGUGAACGAGGAUCUACAAAAUGCACAAACAAGUAAUGUUUAUGUUGAAGAAAUAGUAACUCAAGAUGCAGAUGAAGAUUAUGCUGAAGUGGUCAACGACACACUUCCGAUGAAAUGCCUGGUGAAAUUUAUGAAUCAGUUUCCGUUUCAUAGCAUACAUUAUGAAUAUCACGAACAGGAGAAAGAUUCGAAAUUGAUUUAUUAUGGAAGUACCCACUCUACUAAUUUCAAGAACAUCCAUCGUGAUGAUCUUCAACAGAAAGAACCUCUCUUACCAGUUUUGAAUAGAUCCAUGUCGUGUCCUUUUUCCCUAAUUCAAGAACAAGUAGGAGAAGUUUCAACAUCACAAGCAGCUCAUAUGGAUAUUCCAGAUAAUGAAUUCGUUAUACUUGAGCUAGGAGAAUCGAUACAAAACAAAUCUAACUUUCCUAAAGAAAAACUCAAGACACUUGUCGCUGCGAUAAUGAUGACGAUAGGUUUCUUAUUGACUCUUUUGUCGCUCAGUCUUGUUCAUGAGAGAGUGCCAGAUAGAAAUAAACAUGGACCACUUCCAGAUGUUCUUCUGGAUAGGACACCUCCAUAUGAUUGGGCUCUAGAUGUAUCUGAAUACAUCAUAAUGAUCAGUAUAAACUCGGUGAUUUUGAUGGCAUUCCUCCACAAGCAUCGUUAUAUAGUAUUCAGAAGAAUUUUCGCAAUGUUAUCAUUACUGUAUUUAUACAGGGCGGUGACUAUGUAUAUAACAGUGCUACCCAUCGCGAGUAAAACUUAUUUGUGUUCACCAAAAUCUGCAAAACUCACGACAGUUGAGGUUGUAACGAGAAUGUGGACAUUAUUCUGGGGAUUCGGGCUGGCGGUUAGUGGAAAAUAUACAUACUGUGGUGAUUUUAUCUACAGUGGACAUACAGCUAUACUAGUAUUUUGCUACUUGGUGAUUGCUGAGUACAUUCCUGGCAGAUUAUGGAUUAUCAAUUGGAUUUACUGGUUUCUAGCGGGAUUCGGAAUUCUGAUGCUGAUGUUAUCACAUGGCCACUAUUCGAUCGACAUCAUACUAGCAUACUUUCUGACGACUCGAUUGUUCUGGAUCUACCACACAUUAGCAAAUAAUACUAGUUUGAAACAGUAUUCGUCUACUAACUUUCUCAGCAGAGCGUGGUGGUUUGAGGUGUUUUUGUACUUUGAGAAGAAUGUCGAUGGUCUUGUGCCCAACGAAUUUGAAUGGCCGCUUUCAUGGCCAAGAGGAUGUCAUUAGAGUUUUUGAUAGCAAUAUCAACUAAUUGCUACUUGAAUGAUUUUAUUUUAAUGUUAAGUGAAGAAAUAUAAAUUCAUUAUUUU